UUAACAACAUUGAACCAUUCCGAAACUACGGUAUUAUUAUUAAAAAUGACAAAUCAUUUAUAUCAUUUGAACAAUAUUCCGAGAUUUUUUUAGAAUAUUUUUGCAUCACAUGCUUUUUUACACCCUUUUAAUACUACUUUUUCAACAACUUAUGAAAAUUAAUGGAUGGGCCUCUUAUUUACAUUAUGCUUCUUAUGUAGAUUUUUAUUAUUCCAAUAGAUUAUUUUUUUUCUUUUUUUUUCUUUCUUCUUAUUUUGGUCUCGAUUCUUUCUCUUCUUCUAUCAGGCAAUGCUUAGUGUUGAUUUAUAAAUAAUAAGCAGUGCGAUCUUUGCGAAGGUUGGGUUUAUACUUGUAGCGUGUGCGUAGUAGUCACUUUUGUAAAGGCUCAGCUCCCAGGCUCCCGUCAUUGUCC